GUGCCCAGUGUCCACUUUGAGCCGUGCGGUGAAAUGUGGAAGCAUCUCGGCAUUUGGAGAAUCUUCGAUUUCGUGUCGGACCAGCGCUCAUUCAUUCAUCAAACAGCACUACGGUGAAAGUGGACUAUUGGUCAUAGCUGCAGAAAUCAAACGUGUUCUUGGACUCCAGCUCCGACGGUCAUGAGCGUGCCGCUGCUCACUGAGUCGCUGUCGCAACACUGUGCCGCUGGAAGUAUUUAAAAGCGCACGAAAGACGGAAAGAAGCCGUUGUGUUUGGAGCACAUUCCUUGGGGAUAUCAAUUCGAUAUUCGAAAAUACCGCAAAGGGUGACAGUGGGGCACUUCUGUUUGAGCGACGUGGAUUUCAAUGGGCAUUACACCUGGCUUACUCAGAAAUCUUAGUCGGUGUAUUAAGUGCGGACCAUCGAGGCUCAUUGGAUUCUCCCCACUGUGUCUGGGAUAAAAAAAAAUCCGACCGGUUUUUGGAGCCGGACCCUUACCGAGCCCAGUAAAGACACUCAUAGAUUUUGGCGCAAGCUUUUUUUCUUCUUCUUUGAGUAGAGACGCGGUGUGCCCGCGGAAAGGCUCGGGCGCGUGCCAUCGCGUUGUGUUGCCCAUCGCACGAGUUUUCCUCAUUUUUGCGAGAAUCAUAUCAAAACGAGAACACUGUCACAGCGAGAACCACAUCAAAACGAGAACCCCGUCAAAACGUGGACUUGGCUGGAUGUUUGGCACGCCAGUAUUUUCCACUCCCGGUAGACCGCUUUGCCCAGGUACACCGUGGGAGAGGAUUUAAAUCCGGAUACCUGUAACUUUCUCCCGUUUUGGAACUCCAACUAGUUGUCCAAGUCGAUAUCGUCAUGUGCCUUUUUUGGAGACUCUGAUUGAACACAUGUCGGGGAGACAAAAGAGAGAGGGGUUAUCCAAAUCAUAAGGGCAAGCCAUCCACUCCUACAUAUGCGCACAUCCAGCGUUGCGCCGAAGAUAUACAUGUAGGCAUCUUUUUACAUGUAUGAAUGUAGCCUACAAUUUGACAUUUGGACCGCCGGAGAAGUGUUCAAAGCGUCGAGUGGAAGCGAUAUAUGAAGAAAUAACUUGACUGGGAUUACGUGCAUCUGGGAUGACUACCAUGUCAGGUGCAAGAUAUUGCGGAGGAACUCUCCUGCUCUGCCUAGCGUCCCUUUCCAAUGCGCUUGCAGGUAGAAUCUCGCCCACCAACUCUGAUGCCCUCCUCAGCUCCUCCGUGGCAACGGCCAACCCCUCCCCACCGAACGUCUACCUCCCGGUCACCUUCAAGCUGUCCAACGCCCAGCUGGCCUUCUUCCUCCAAGAGGUCCAGAGCACUGGACCCGUCUUCGGUGGCGGUGCAGGCGGCGGUCGGACCGGCGGCGGCGCGAGCCCUCCCCAGAACGGGGGCCACCCGCUGCAGCGCUCGGAGAGCUUCGUGGUCUUCCAGACCAAGGACCUCCCGGCCAUCAACAUAACCUUCGGGCCGUUCUCCCGGGACCAGGCCCUCUCCAAGGAGCUCCUUCAGCCGGCCAGCCCGCUGGACAUCCCGGGGCAGCUGACGGUCAACUGGAAGGUGCGGGCGUUCAUCGUCCAGGCCAGGGUGUUCUCCAACAACCCCACGGUGCAGGUGUUCUUCUACAUCGCCGGGCGCGACUGGGACGACUUCAAGGCCCAGGACCGGCUGCCCUGCGUGCGGCUCCAUGCCUUCCGGGACGUGCGCGAGAUCAAGACCUCCUGCCGCAUGAAGGGGAACCUGGCCCAGUGCCUGGCCCAGCUGGACCUGCCGCCGGCCUGGUUCAACGCCCACAUGGCCCCGCUGGGCCGGAGGAAAGGCUCCAACGAGGGGCUCCUGGACGGACUCACCAGCGAGACCCUGCAGGCAGAGCUUUACUACACCUUGCACGAGCCCAACGCGGAGGGGGAGUGCAUGGAGGGCCUGGGCCACCGGGGUGGCUCCAGGGGGGAGCCUCUGUCACAGCACCCCCUGCUGCGCAUCGGCAGCAUCAGCCUCUACCAGGCCAGCCAGGAGCAGCAGCUGGUGGAUAAGCAGCUGGACAAGAACAUGUUCCUCAGGCUGCCCGAGAAGCCCCUGAUGCCCGGCGAGACCCUCACCAUCUUCCUCUACCUGAUGCCCAACGCCACCAUCGAGCAGUUCUCCCUCAAGGUCAAGGCGAAGAAGGGGGUAAACCUGCUCCAGACGAAGUCAAAGAACGCCCAGUGGAAGGUGGACUGGGAGGUGCAGUCCGGGGCGAAGCAUUCCAUCACCACCAUUGACGUGAGCAAGAACAAAGUGGCAAAGGCCGGCGAGGUCCUGGGCAACGUGGAGGUGAUGCAGCUGGACUUUGAGAUGGAGAACUUCACCAGCCUGUCUGUGACGCGACGGAUCAACUGGAACAUCGACUACAAGGGCCAGAACCCGCCGCCGGACUCUGAGAAGGUGGUGACGGAGCUGACGGUGGUGCAGCGGGACAUCCAGGCCAUCGUUCCCCUCUCCAUGGAUACAGAGAUCAUUAAUACAGCCAUCCUGACCGGCCGAACAGUGGCCAUCCCUGUCAAGAUGGUCUCCAUAGAGAUGAACGGAGCGGUGACGGACGUCUCAGCCUUUGUGCAGUGCAAGUCCUCCAACGAAGACAUUGUUAAGGUGUCCAUGAACUGCGACUACGUGUUCGUCAACGGAAAGGAGACACGGGGGUCCAUGAACGCCCGGGUCAUCUUCAGCUACGAGCACCUGAGCGCGCCGCUGGAGCUGACGGUGUGGGUGCCCAAGCUCCCGCUGCAGGUGGAGCUGUCCGACCGCAGCCUCAGCUUCAUCAAAGGGUGGAGGGUGCCCAUUCUGCCGGACCGGAGGAGCACCCGGGACAGCGACGCGGCCGCCGACGAGGAGGACGAUGAGCCGCGGGUCAGCCGGGGCUGCGCGCUGCAGUACCAGCGGGCGCUGGUGCGCGUCCUCACCCAGUUCCACACCACGUCGGCCGAGGGCACGGACCAGGUGAUCACCAUGCUGGGGCCCGACUGGCGCGUGGACGUCACCGACCUGGUGCAGGACUCCCUCAAGGUGGCCGACCCCCGCAUCGCCGAGCUGGUGGACCGGACCGUCCUGGUGGGACUGGAGCUGGGCGCCACUGCACUCAAGGUGGAGUCCCCGCUGGCCGUGGACGCCGUCCUGGGGGAGGCGGCGUUCUCCGUCACUGACGACAAGGUGUCCAUCACGGAGCUGCGCGUGCACGCCGUGGCGGGCCUCAGCCUGACGCUACAGCCCAGCCCCGGCAACAGCCACACCAUGGUCGCCAAGGCAACGGGCCUCCAGACCCUCACUGCGCCCAAGCAGGAAGCCAGCCUGUCCGUCUGGAUGCACUUCAGCGACGGCACGGCCGCGCCCCUCACCUACUUCGACCCCAAGGACUACAACCUGAACGCCUCCAGCCUGGACGAGCGGCUGGUGUCGGUGCAGCAGGAGCCGCCCCCCCGCUGGCCGGCGGUGGUGGCCGAGGGCGAGGGCGCCGGGGAGGCCCUGCGGGUGGAGAUGACCAUCUGCGAGGCCUGCCAGAAGACCAAGCGCAAGAGCGUCAUCGCCGCGGCCGCCGUCUCCGUCAAGGUGCGCUUCGGCCCCGAGGAGGACUCUGAGGAGGAGGACGAGGGCGGCGACGCCCCUGGCGGCGCCGGCACGGCCUCCUCCGUCACCCGCCGGCCCCCCGUCGUGGUGGAGACCCACGUGGGCGGGAGAGGGUACGACGCGUCCAACGAGCAGCCGGCCAGCGUGCCCAUCGACUACACCAACUUCCCCACGCUGGUGGGCCACCGGGAGCGGCCCACGGAGGGCGGGGCGCCCGGGGUGGUGGUGGAGGAGGAGGAGGAGGAGGAGGAGGAAGAGGACGACGAGGACGACGACGGCUUCCUCCACCCGUCGCGCAACAUGUCGGACCUGGAGAUCGGCAUGUACGCGCUGCUGGGGGUGUUCUGCCUGGCCAUCCUGGUGUUCCUCAUCAACUGCAUCGUGUUCGUGCUCAAGUACCGCCACAAGCGCAUCCCGCCCGAGGGCCAGGCCAACAUGGACCACUCCCACCACUGGGUGUUCCUGGGCAACGGGCAGCCCCUGCGCACCCAGGGGGGCGAGCUGUCGCCCCAGCUGGCCGAGAGCCCCGGCAACCCCUUGGAGGGGGGCGGGGUGCCCACCUGUUGCCACGGCGACCACCACAGCAGCGGCAGCUCGCAGACCAGCGUGCAGAGCCAGGUGCACGGCCGGGGGGACGGCAGCUCCGGGGGCUCGUCCAAGGCGGAGGCGGGCGAGGAGGCGGGGUCGCCCACCUCCAAGAGGAAGCGGGUCAAGUUCACCACGUUCAGCACACUGCCCACCGAGGAGCUGCCCUACAACUCCAUCCCCAUCGCCGACGAGGAGGACAUCCAGUGGGUGUGCCAGGACAUGGGCUUCCAGGACCCGGCCGAACUGCACGACUACAUGCGCAGAAUAAAGGAGAUUGCGUGAGGUCGGCGCCAGGUCAAACGGGGGGGAAGGGCUGGAGGGGAGCCUUAUCCGGGGGGGGGGGGGGGGGGGGGGGAGGAAGUACUUGUCUUGGUAAGGACUUGAUACGGUUUCACAAGCGGCCCCAUGUUUUGUUUAGUUUUUUUCUGUUCUGUUGGUUUCUGCAGGGUUUGUGUUGCACAGUGCUGGUGUCCCAUACACGCUCACUUUUUUUCAAGAUGGAAAAAAACAUGUAGUUCAAGGAAAGCCAAAGACCACUCCAGAGGAUGCAUCAACAAAUAAAAUACGGCUUUUCAGGAGAAGAUUCAUUUCAUGUAGCAAGGAUAUGACACAUUAUGUUUCAAAGCUACCCAUUAAAAUACAAUAUUGGCAUGGAUAGCACUGGAUUCAGCGCCGAUUUGACAAGAGAGGCUGAACUCUUACUUUGAAGGAGGAUGGGGAGCUUGAUACACACAGGAGAGUUUAAGAGUGCUCGACUUACAGUUCAAGAUCUUGUUCUGAUACUACUGUAUCAGAGCUCUUAGACCAAAAGACGAAGAGGCCUUUGAUGAACACGUACCUAUAAAGGACUCAGAAAGAUGCAUUACUGUUAGUCGUAUAUUUUUUUUGUCAUUCUUGCCGAAUUGAGGAAAGAUAUUUCCUGUCACGGCAAAAACGAUUUCCUCCAUCAAUGUUCUGGCUGGAACAAAUUCUGUGAUUUGUAUUGGAGUUCGUUCACCCCCUCCCCUUUGAGUUGUUAACAUUUCCACGAGUAGUCAAGUGCAGUGCCCUUCAGUCAUUCCUAUCCUCACCCCAGCUGAUGCCUUAUACAACAGGUCACAGUUAACACUCCUUAUGUGGAGGUACUCUCCCUGUCGGCUCAUUCCUACUCACUAUUAUUAUUAUUAUUGUUAUUAUUAUUAUAAACGGUGUAGUAGCGACCUUGUAACAUACUACUGCUGACGCUACAUCUUAUGGGAAACAUGGAAAAAGUUUGUACGACGUGACCGUCUCCGACAUUCUCUGCAUGUAAGGAGAUCGGCACAAUCAAGAAUUGACGCUUUAUCUUUUUGUUACUUCCAAAUUUGUAAAUGUCGGGAUUGUAACUAUGUAAUCCUUCUUACGCAUUACUGAGGUGAAACAUGUUAUCAUGAGUCACGUGCAUGCCGUGUUAGGCCUACAUAAACACAUUCAUGCAUACGUACGUACAUCAUGUAUUCAUUCAUAUAUACAUGCAUACAUGCAUUCAUACAUACAUACAUGCAUUCAUACAUACAAUAAUCCAUACAUACAAACAUGCAUGCAUUCAUAUAUUCAUACAUACAUGCAUACAUACAUUCAUACAUACAUGCAUUUUUCCACGUAUGUGUAUAUACCAUACCAGCCAGCAGUCUACAGAAGAAAGGACCGUCUGCAACAUCUCAAAUCCACAUCUUGACGCCCGCCUGCUAUGUUGUUCUAGGAGUGAUUCUGCUUUCAUUUCGACAUCCAAUUAUCGCUGAGCCUCAGCCUCAGACAGCCGGCUGAAAGAAAUAAACAUUACAAACGACCACAACAAGCCAAAAGAAAAUGGGUUGCAUGAAUGGGAUUUGGAUAUAUUCAUUAUAAAAGAUUCAAGCAAUCAUCCGCCCAAGGAAGAAUUUUUUUUCUCUUUACUUCUCUGAAGGUAUGUAUGAAAUGGCCCAAUUGGCCUUUGGACCAAUUUGGGGGAACCCAGUGUGUAAGGUCAACAAGCUACGAUUAGAUGUCUCUGAGAGUCGGCCAGUAUUUCAGCUCUCAUUGCUGGAGACAGCUCAUCUCUGUCUGAGGCCGAGCCAGCCGUGAUGAAACUUUUACUUCGACAGGAAAGCUAUUGAGUUGUCUAUGCUUCACAAAUGGUAGACUGAAGGCUUACAAACACUUCAGUGUUGAUGGAUAUUGUUUUUUGUGUAGGUUUAUGUUGAACGUGUGUGUGUGUGUGUGUGUGUGUGUGUGUGUGUGUGUGUGUGUGUGUGUGUGUGUGUGUGUGUGUGUGUGUGUGUGUGUGUGUGUGUGUGUGUGUGUGUGUUAAGCCCUUUCCAACAUUAUCGUAAAGGUCACUCUCAAAGACGACGAGAAGUAUCCGAAAAAGUGUAGUAAAUAUGGUGGUUUGAAUUGGCCCAUAGAGCAGCCCCCUUUUGUAGCGGUUUAAUUGCAGUUGACCUCCGUUAGUGUAGUGUUAACUCCCUGCUAAACAGCCAGAAAUUACCCUAAUUUUGUCGACGACAAUGUGUUUAUUUUAAGAUUAAGAAAAAUAACUGCUGCACUGCAUCUAAGGGCUUGGAAUAUGUUUUGUAUUUUUGUUGUGUUUCUUAUGGGCGUGUGGAAUUGAUUCCAUGUGCUUUAAUUUUUUUAAGAUAACAAGCUAUCACGCUAGGUAGCUAGAUAGUAUUUUAAGACCUAAUCCACAACGGGAGCGUCUACUAGUGAGAUCAUUAUACCAUUCUUUAAUCGCUUCCGUUUACUUUAAUAACUGUUGGGGGUUUUGUUAAGAUUAUAUUUGUUUCGAUUUCUUUAAGAAAUUCUUGAAGCUCAAUUGAAGAAAAAAUAAGAAAAUUGGGAUAUUUUUUAUUCUCUUAAUUUGACAAAUGUCAAUAUUUAACACCUAGAAAGGGAAUUACACUAAUUGAAAACAUUAACGUUUGUUUACAAUGAUCUUUUUCAUUCAUAUGCUUAAGAGCGCUUUUAUUUUGAAGCUAUGGUGGUAUCUGAAUGUUGAAAUAAGAUUUAUUUAACAAUCAAGGCAAGCGCUACCGACCAGCCACCUGUGUGUAUAUACCUUGCCUGGCUCAUAGGAAGGAUCUGAGGUGUUAAUCUUUACCAUUACUGCAUGCUCUAUUUACAUUCCACGUGAUUGAUCCCCAACUAUGACCUAAUCCGUGUGUUGUGUAUAGUAUGCAAACAUUCCGUGUCGACAUGAACAUCCCAAUCCAGGCAUUUUUCUUUGGACGGCCCGAGCUCCACCCCUUCCAAACAUCCCCACCCCUCUCCACCUCCAUUACCACCACCACCACCAUCACCACAGAUGCAAAAUUAGUAUUCACCCUCACAGGCCCCCCUCCCUUCAGACCACCGCUAUUUAGGUGUUCUUUUAAAAGGACAACAUUUCCAUGGCUGCAGUAGCAUCUCAGGAUGAAUGUAGGUUUCUCAGCAGAACCUGAGCGAUGUUUACCCUGCCUACUCACUGCUCCACAUCCGCUUUUGGUUUCUAAUAGCAGCUUAUUCUCCUCCUUUCUAAAAAUGGCAGAUGUUAUCGUCCGGUCCUCGUCGCAUCAGUCGGUGCAUUCAGAUCACAGUCGCUAGGAUAAAUCGCUCAUGUUGUGGGUUUGGUUUUUAUCUUUUCAAUCGGUUCCACAUUCCCUCUUGUAUAUAUGUAUAUGCAUUUUAUUUUUUUGUAACGCCACCGUUGUGGGAGUGCGCAUAAAAUAACUUAGGUAUUUUCUUCAAGCUGCUACUAGAGACUAUGUAUUCUUGCAACAUGUGAGUGAACACCUUAAAAUUUACCACCACCACCGGACCCACACCCUACCCUGGCCCACCCACCACUUUACCCCACCCACGGUCCUCGCAGGUGGAGAAGAUGCACAGCUCACGCGUCCCGGCUCCUACGAACUUCCACCCCCAACACCACCACACAGACGAUAUGUCCCUGUACAGAGCACUGUUACAUUUCCUGUAUUCUCUUUAAAAAAUGCAAACAAACCCUUGUAUUUCUCCUAUAAUAUGUACAAUACAAAAGUGAAAUACA